CACCCGGACGACAAUUUGUAACGUACCUGACAUUACACAUGUCUUCUGACGGCUGUCCUCUAAAUUUAAUAAUUCGACGUGCGUGAUAUUAUUCUAACCAAUUCUGGCAACAAUCAAAUAGUAAGUUGAACUGAAUGUUGCAUCUCUGAAGAGGUGGACAUGACUGCUCGAGGAACACCGAGUCGUUUUUUACAGAGCGUUCUUCACAAUGGAGUGGGCCGCUAUGUUUGUCAGCUAAAGCGAAUCUCUCUGGUCUUCUCAAAGAAAGGACAGGGCUCUUUAGGAGUCAGAGAUUUCAUUGAGGAAGGUGUGGUGGACUUUGCCAAAAAUAACCCAGGAACUGUGAUUUACAUCUCCCCUCAGUCCUGCAGAAUUCCUAAAAUAGUAGCCGAAUAUUUGAACGGUAAUGUGAAGGAGGAGAUGGUCACCAACAAAACAUCGCAGCAGAUUGCCGAACUUAUAACCAAGAUGUCCAACCAGUCAGGACUGGACAUCAUCCGCAUUCGAAAACCCUUCCACACAGACAGUCCCAGUAUCCAGGGCCAGUGGCACCCCUUUACAAAUCGACCCCCCAGCAUCGAGCCAGUGCGCCAACAGACAAAAUAAGCAAUUUGCUUUGUAUUUAUUCCCUGAUUGAUGUGGUG